UCCGGCUAGCAGCAGAGCCAUGGAAACCACUCCUGCAAGGCUCCCAACACCUACAACCACGUCUCUAGAGCUGCUGCCAGACAUCCCGGCUAGCAGCAGAGCCAUGGCAACCACUCCUGCAAGGCUCCCAACACCUACAACCACGUCUCUAGAGCUGCUGCCAGAUGAACCGACCCUCGCCACACGAUUGAGUAUGUCAUCGUCACCCAUUGCGCAACCUCCACGACGGGACUUCCCCCUGCAAUUAAUCUUCAUCGUACCACUAGUGGUACUGGCAGGCAUUGCUUUCCUCACUAUUUGUACAACCUUUGGCAUCAUAUGUCACAGACACAGAAGAAAGUCCAAUGUCCUCCCGUUCUUUGAAGAGAUAAAGUUUGAUGUGCAGAAAGCUCCACCGAGUUUUGGACUGAUUACAGGAGAACUACUCACUCCCUAUCCUUCCCAAUUCUCACUGAAUGGAGAACCAUCGGCCACUUCUGACACCAUCCUUCAAACUGUCACACUCAAGAAAGGGAAAGGAGAAGGAGGAGUGAGAUCAGGAGUAGGGAGUAGAGAAAGUGGUGAAGAACUAAGUCAGAUAUCAGUGCCACUACCCGUGAAGGAACGCGAGAUUCUUGGGCGGGAUUUGUCGAGCUCUGAUGAAAACGGACAGACCGAUAGUGUCACGACUGAACCGUCUUCGUCUGGGUGUGUGGCGAGUGCUGCAGAAUCUAAUGGUGGUGCCCCUGUCGAGAUUAGCUCUGUUAGUGUCGACGAAUCUGGGACUGAGCGGAGCCGAGUUGAAGGAAGUCAGGCGACAGAGGAGGCACAGUUUACUAAAGUUGAUGGGAAUGAAAUGGCAGGGGCAGGGGGGAAUGCAAUUACAGGGGGAGGAGGGGUCGAGGAAGGGAAACCAAUAGAAGAAGCAGAGGUUAAGGGGCAGAAUGUCGACUGUUUCCCAGCCCACUUCAUUUUUGAUGUCCCGUCAGGGUCAGGGUCCUCCUCUAGCGGCAACACUUUUCACUCUUCCGUCCAGUACCAGACCAGCUGUAGCAGUGGCUAUGUGACGGACACCUCCAGUCUCCUAUCACCCCUCAGUGUGCAGGGGAACCACCAGGACAUCACCGGGAAUAUGAAACACGAGGCAAGAUUGCCCGGACACAGAUCGGAAACAGAGUCCUUGAAAACUGAGCAAAUUUUGCAGCGUCAAUCCGACAAUUCCAUGUGUCAGCUGAGUGAAUCUGGGUCAGGGAUUACAACUGCUCAAUUUGAAAGUACGCUGCUUGACGUUGGAGAGAGCUUUGGGCAUUCUCUCGGUUCACCAUACUACACUGAGCAAGGCGAGGGGACUGAAUUCUCUAUCACUGACUGGAGCUGUGUCAACUACACAGCAGAGUUCAGUUGGAGUCUUGACCUAGUAGUGGCUGACACUACAGUCCAGCUCACUUGUACAAGUGAUACUAACGAGGAGUAUUCUCCAGAUAUUCCACUGAUGUUCAAGACCUCACUCACCCACAGUUUCCCUCUACCACUGACUGGAGAGGUGGUGUGCCAGAUAUCCGGCUGCUACGAGGACAGAGACACAUUUACCCAGUACCUCAUUCCUGUUUUCAGCUUUCCCUGUCUUCCACCACCACCUCCUCCUCCCAACAGCAUGUCUCCUAGUAGCACGGAGGCUCCUUCUCCAUCUCCCACUUUGAAACUCUACAAGUCACAAGAAAGAAGUACACUGCAACCGUCAACAAGUCCAAGAAAUAGAGAGGGAGGUCCCCAGGAACUGGAGGUGGUGGUCAUAGCUGUCCCUCUCAGCACUCUCCUUGGAGCGGCUGUCAUCCUUUGCCUGGUCGGCUUCUGUGUGUACGAGAGUCACAAACAGCUCUGUGGGGACAAUGGAAAGAAUUUUGUUCUGCGACCACAAGAUGAGGAGUACGACCAGAGCUACUCUCCCAUACUCACUGACAUAAAAAAUCACAAGUUUUGCUCCACUGAGACCAUUCUAGAGCAGCCGGUCUGGGAAACCACUGUUGAACGUGACACUACGCCUUCCCCCAUAGCAGAAGAAGGUGUCGAUAAUGUCUCAACGGCCAGUAGCCAGCAUCCGUUUUCUUCUCUCAGCAGUGAGCAACUAGCAGCGUCAACACACCAAGGUACAGUUGAAGACUCUGUGCCUGCAGCUAGCAUCAGUCCCAACACCACCGAGAACGACGACGAAAUAACCAGCGAGGAAAUCGAAAAACAUUUCUGGACUCGAGAGCCGUGGCGAUAA